AUGGAGCAAGAUGAUGGAGAUGAAGUGUACACUACCAAAUACACUCUAUAUAACGAAGAUCACAUGGCACUGCAAGUUGUAAUCGCAGUGUAUUUGGUAUAUAGUGUCUUGGCAAUACUGUAUACUUUGGUCUACAUGUACUUUCUGGCGACCAAAAUGGUAAGUCAAUAGAAGAAAUCUGUUAUUCGCAGGUGUUAAUUUAAAGAGCAAUGCAAGGUUUAUUUCAAAAAGUUUCUUGGAAAGGCUGAAUGGAAAAACUAAACAUAAGCCAUAACAAUGUUGCAGAUGUGUUUGUAAAAUUAAUAAUUUUACGUAAUUGGAUAUGCUAUAAAAAUCAUCAUCGCCAAUGUUUCAGACGCUCCAUCGAAACCUCCUGUACCUCCUCCUCCAUCAGCCAAUAAUCACACUGAUCAAUCUUAUACCUCAAUUAUGUUUGAACAUUGACUUUUUCGCCGGGAAUUACUUGGACGGGCUUUUGAUUCGACGGGUGUUAGUCGGCCUCAGUUUAUUGGGUAUAUUAUGCUCCAUUUUUAACUUGGACGCCUUUAUCGUGGAAAGGCUUGUAGCGACAAUUCUUGUGGCAAAGUACGAAGCGAUGACAAUACGAUUGUCGCUGCUGCCGGUGAUCUUGAUUCUGAGCGAGGUGGGCUUGAUUAUACAUAUUUAAGUUACGGCAUUGCAUCGUAUUUUCUGUAGAGAAAAUAAGAUUUCCCUUUUUUCAGUGGGGCUUGGCAGUGUUCACAUACUUCUCCUUGUAUUACUGUAAGUUCUUUAAAAGGUAAUCGUUAAGAUAAAUAAUUUUUUAGUAGGAACAAUAAAGUACGUUGGCAUCGUCCUCAUCGUUCUUUCGAUCGCCAUCUCUUUUAUUGUAAGUUUGUUUUUUCAGUGUUAAAUUGUAGUUGUCCUCAUACUCAUUAAUUACCUAAAAAUCUAGCCAUGAUUACAAUAUAAAAGAAAGUAUAAACUUGUGAAUGUAGCCUUGCCCUUGCUUGUAAAUAAAAUGUAUUUUACUCUAAUUUAGAGUCAUCAUUUUCCCAUUUUUUGAAUAUGAAAAAACCCAUUUUUUAUCUUAAAAUACACCAGAAAACACCUUUAUUUUAUUUCUUCUCCACGCCGCAUUCCCAAUCUCCCCGUACUUUCUACUCACAUCAAAAAGUAAACUUUCUUCCUAAACUCAUUUUUUACAGUUGUUCCUAUUUCUCCCCCGCAUAACCCGACACAUGAACCGUCAGUAUCUUCUCACGGCGAAGGAACGGCUUCAGGAGUUGAAAAAACUCCCACCCAAGAUCGCCGCCCUCACAAUUCACGGCAAGAAUGCAACGCUGACUGAGAGAUAUCAAGCAGCCGAGAACAUGAAAUCGGCCAGAUUAUUGAAUAGCAUCAUCCCGGUGAUGGUGGCGCUGCUUGCAUUCGCUUGCGUGUUUUAUGUGGUUGGAUUGUACUUGGAGAAUCCGUCGUUGGCGAGGUCGUUGGUGAACCAGUGCUUCUACUUUUUGAUUACGACCUCGGUAAGAACAACGCUGGCUGUAAAGUCGGUCUGAAGAGUGCCCUCUCAAAAAAUUCCAAAUACUUUUUUAACUUAUUUCUUCUGGCUUUAAUGUGCCAAUAAUUUGUAAAAAUCGCGACUAAAAGGAUCGUCGCUAAAGCCUUGCAAAGUUCUUCCCUCCAGCUUGCCAUGUUCUGUCUAAAUCCACACGAAAACCUUUGAAAACUUUUAAUUUCCCAUACCAAAUUGCUCAAUACUUUUGAUAUUUCGGGUUGUAGGCAUGGCGACCCAAUUUAGUCGAAAAAACCUUAGAAGUUCUCAGGAUUGGGUCUUUCACUUGUGAGUCAAAAAAUGGCGUCAGUUCCUUGCCGGUCGUUAAUUCAACGGCCAUUCAAAUGUAAAACGUGCGAUCUGUCUACGUCCAUUAUGAAUAGGGUUAUAAACUUUUUUGCUUAGUCUCUCCAAAGAUGUAAUGAUUACCUUUCAGAACGUUGUUGUCAUGACGAUCGUGCUUCUGCGAAUACCGUAUAUUCAAAAGAUACAAUUCUGUAAAAUGUCCCGUCGAAAUGCACAUGUAGAGUCGGAUCGACCCACAAUUUCCAAUUCAAAUCCGGAUCAAAUCACAAACAUUUACUUUGAGAAUUACAAAAAUGCCUGGAACUGA